AUGUCUGCCCCUUCAAGAACCGAUGCCAAGAAAGAUCAAUUCGUAGGAAACGUCAAGGAUAACGUAGGAGGAGCUGUUGGCAAUGAAAGCCUUCAAAGCAAGGGAAAAACACAAAACGCUGCUGGUGAGACUCAAGAGACUGCUGCCAAUGUGACUGGAUAUGUCCAAGGAGCUGCUGACCAAGUAGGUGGAGCUGUCAAGGGAGCUGUUAACUCUCUCACUGGUAAUACCACUGGCGAAGCUGGAAACAAGGCCCAAGAAAAGAAGGGUGAAGCUCAAAAGGCCUUCAAUUCUUAA